AUGUCGACCUUCAAAUAUGACGAGAAACUUGCGCCAAAUCAAAUUCGACUCAUCCAGCUUUUUCCGGGACAAUGGCUUGACGACCUUGAAUCUAGGCUAUAUCUGGCCGAUCGAGAUCACAAGUAUCAAGCUUUGUCCUACGCAUGGGGGAGUUCGAAGCGAUCAAAUCAAGUCAGCGUCAACGGCAAGAUUCACAAGAUCACUUUCAAUCUGGACAGGGCUUUGCGCUCCGUUCGAAGACAGACAGAGAUAAUCACUCUCUGGGUCGACUCCAUAUGCAUCAACCAAGAUGAUGCUACAGAAAAGGGCCAACAAGUUGGUUGGAUGCACGAUAUCUUUGGCUCGGCCAUGGGAGUCACGGCCUAUAUCGGAGACGGCUUGGAUCGAAGUCGCAAGGACUACUCACGUAGUUUUGAAAUGCUUGGGCAGAAUCCCUUGGUCGACUUCGAGCCGUUGGACAGUUGGACUUCAGAGCCUAAGAAUCACUUAGACGGAUUGAGAGAUUCUGUGCCGGCAUCGCUCACAGAACAUCAAGAGAUCGUGUAUUUAUUCAGCCUGCUCAUGCUAUUCUUCUACAGCAGUCCCUUUGGGCGCGAGAUGAUGCGCCUGGAUCAGUCCUUACACCAAUACAACGUGGAACACAACCUUAGCGAUGCACAGCUGCAGCCGGUUAUUGAAAGAAUGCGACUCUUUGCGACAAGCGACUGGUGGAAUCGGAUGUGGAUUGUUCAGGAGGCAUGCGCUGCUCGACAGCUUACAGUUGUUUACGGUCGUGCUUCGGUUCCAUUUAGCUACAUCGAAGAGGCGGCCCAAGGAUAUCUGCAGUCACCCACGGCAAAACAUCCCGACUUGGCCAGAGUCAUGCGCUUCUUGGCCGACAAGAUCACCCCAAUCAGUCCUGCUCGCCGCUUGGGAAGGACGAAAGAAAAGGUAGUCCUCAGCGCAACUACAAGCAGCUCCCUACUAUGGCUUCUAAGAAGAUUCCGCCACCGCAAAUCAUCAGAGCCGCGGGAUAAGAUCUUCGCUCUCCUUAAGCUUGCUGAGGAUAUGAAAGCAAGACGACCUUUUCAGCACAAUCAGAUGACUAUCGAGGCUGAUUAUGAAGAUGAUGUCAGUGAGGUCUUCUCUCAUGCAGCUUUUGAGAUCAUCCGCCAUACUGGUCUUCUCUGGAUGACAACCUCAGAUCUGCUCGCCAAGAGCCGCAAAGACAUUCCUUCUUGGGUACCAGAUUGGUCAUCUGAAUACAUGGCUUCAGGAUUUGAUCAAAGGAGAUACCGUCUUCAAGAGGCAACAGUCUUGGGAUACAAUGCAGGUCGUGCACGGUUUCAGCAUUUCCGGUCGAUAUCCCGGGAGGACUCAGUUCGGAAUCUACCUCGACAACACUUGGAAGCUCUGCUUAACUAUGACGAUGACGAGUGGAAGCCUGUGCAUUCUCUCCCGACUAUGAUCAAGUAUACGUCAAGCCCGCCUUUUCGAGAGAAGAUGCAGCGAUCUGCCCUGAUUAUCAAAGGCGUAGCUUGCAGCGUCAUUGGGGUCGCCAGCCAGGUCAUUCGAAGUGAUCUCUCAAACAUU